AUGGCGGAGUUAAAACAUCUCUUCCCCUGGAAGAGGACAGACAGACAGACACAGGGACAGACAGACAGACAGACACAGGGACAGACAGACACAGGGACAGACAGACAGACAGACACAGGGACAGACAGACACAGGGACAGACAGACAGACAGACACAGGGACAGACAGACACAGGGACAGACAGACACAGGGACAGACAGACAGACAGACACAGGGACAGACAGACACAGGGACAGACAGACAGACAGACACAGGGACAGACAGACACAGGGACAGACAGACACAGGGACAGACAGACAGACAGACAGACACAGGGACAGACAGACACAGGGACAGACAGACAGACAGACACAGGGACAGACAGACAGACAGACACAGGGACAGACAGACAGACAGACACAGGGACAGACAGACAGACAGACACAGGGACAGACAGACAGACAGACACAGGGACAGACAGACAGACAGACAGACAGACAGACACAGGGACAGACAGACACAGGGACAGACAGACACAGGGACAGACAGACAGACAGACACAGGGACAGACAGACAGACAGACACAGGGACAGACAGACAGACACAGGGACGGACAGACAGACAGACACAGGGACGGACAGACAGACAGACACAGGGACGGACAGACAGACAGACACAGGGACGGACAGACAGACAGACACAGGGACGGACAGACAGACAGACACAGGGACGGACAGACAGACAGACACAGGGACGGACAGACAGACAGACACAGGGACGGACAGACAGACAGACACAGGGACGGACGGACAGACACAGGGACGGACGGACGGACAGACACAGGGACGGACGGACGGACAGACACAGGGACGGACGGACGGACAGACACAGGGACGGACGGACGGACAGACACAGGGACGGACGGACGGACAGACACAGGGACGGACGGACGGACAGACACAGGGACGGACGGACGGACAGACACAGGGACGGACGGACGGACAGACACAGGGACGGACGGACGGACAGACACAGGGACGGACGGACAGACACAGGGACGGACGGACAGACACAGGGACGGACGGACAGACACAGGGACGGACGGACAGACACAGGGACGGACGGACAGACACAGGGACGGACGGACAGACACAGGGACGGACGGACAGACACAGGGACGGACGGACAGACACAGGGACGGACGGACAGACACAGGGACGGACGGACAGACACAGGGACGGACGGACAGACACAGGGACGGACGGACAGACACAGGGACGGACGGACAGACACAGGGACGGACGGACAGACACAGGGACGGACGGACAGACACAGGGACGGACGGACAGACACAGGGACGGACGGACAGACACAGGGACGGACGGACAGACACAGGGACGGACGGACAGACACAGGGACGGACGGACAGACACAGGGACGGACGGACAGACACAGGGACGGACGGACAGACACAGGGACGGACGGACAGACACAGGGACGGACGGACAGACACAGGGACGGACGGACAGACACAGGGACGGACGGACAGAACUAACUAGUUGGUGCACAUAUGAAUUUAGAAGUUACUCCACAACCAUCCUUCCACAUAGCUAA